CUCCACCGCUGCCUCCAUUGCUGCGGACUGUUCAGCGCCCGACCUCGUCCUCUCUUGCACCCAGCGUAGGACACGCAAACUCGCAGUGCAAGCCCGUCCGUUCACCGCGCUGCCCUACGAAGGCGCAGCAGCUCUCUCCGCUGGGCUCUCUGCACCCGCCUGGAGCUCAUCCACCCUCCCCCACCUCCUCUUCACCUUCACCUUGCUAUGUUGAAUACCCAUCAUGUCCAGUACUCUGGCCUUGGCUACUUUGACUUUCCUUGAGAACCCCGUUUCCUGAGAUUUGCUCCCUGUCUUCUACAUCCUACUUCCUUAUUUGGACGACAUCACAUAUCGCUCCGAGCGCCCCAGCACCGCAGCUCCGACUUUCACUAUCAUUGGCGUUCCUGGAGUACAACAUGGCCUCUACAGCGGCCGUCCCUGUCGAGAACGUAUCGGUGAAACCCUCAUUUGCAAAGGUCGCAGCAUCUACAUACAAACCAAUUCCGAAUAUGAAGGAUUCUACUCCCAAUGCUCACCGCUCUCCGCCGAGCCCGAAGCUCCAUAUACAGCCCACCCCGAUGACGGGCUCUGGUGCCGACGCCGCACACCACCUGCAUAAUAACGAUUCCGCGCGGGGACCCCAAGAGACAUCUUGUAGUACAGACUCCCGUACUGGACAAUGGGCCAACAUGACCGGCAAACAGGUCACCUCCGAGCCUGGGUCGAAAGACCAGGAUGUCGAGAAGCCGCCUCCCUCUAUCGCCCUCGUCAAGUCGCUCGAGACGGAUGACAACACUACGCAGCUGUCGUCGUCGGACGGUUCCGUAAAGCUUCCCAGCUUGGAUGGCAAAAGCGUGGCCUCUGCGACGACCUUUGCCCUGGACGAGAAGGAAUCAAUUCGUCCCGAUGACAGUGCCAGUUUGCGCGCCGUUGAAGAGGAGGAUGUCAUUUCGCCUCCCGACUCUGUUGCAACAGGCUCGCGAGUUGGCUCGGACAGUGGCGUUGCGCGGGCAUUCCGCGACCAGCUUCAUGAGAUCUCUGCUAUUGGCCCAAUACCUCCACGAGGAGCUCCGCCUGGCCGAUUCCAGACGCCAAACGUCGGUGGCACUCACGUGCUAUUCGAUCCGGCUGCUCCCACGGAUGCCGCUCGACCUGUGUCCCAACCGCUUGUGAAUGGCGCUAUAAAUGCUGCCCAACCACCAGCGAUUCCCGACGAAAAACUUAUCGAAGCCCUAGAGUCCCCACGAGACCGCUUGUUUGUCUUGAAGCUCGAGCAGGAUUUCAUCGACUUUGUCAAGGACUCCAACGAGAGUGAGCUGUCACUACCCAACUGUAACACGUUCUACAGGAUGCUCACGCAUCGACUUGCGGAUUAUUAUUUGCUUGGUCAUGUUGUCGAUGACUCGAUGACUGCUGUCAAGAUAUCGAAGACGUCCUAUUGCAGGAUUCCACCGCCGCUUUCGGCCUUGCCAGUUCACUCGAAAAUCGCGGCUACACCGCCUUCUGAUCUACCCGCUCGGAAGAUCAUGCGUCGUGGUGGUGAGAAGUCUGGUACUAAUACAAAUGCUAACUCUGAGAAUCCUUCCAAGACUACUUCUGAAGCAGGCGGCGGUAGUAGUGACGGAGGAGACGAGGGCAAAGACAAGUCGGCCUUGACAAGAGAAGAGAGAGAGGCGAGAUAUAAAGAGGCUAGACAGCGCAUUUUCGGUGCUGCGGAAGCGGAGGAGAAUGAGUCCACGGCAGCUGCCGCCGGUUUGAAUGAAGAGACAGAUAUUUCAAGAUCGAGUUCUGCGUCGGGCAAAAAGAAGGGGAAGAAGCAACGCAAUUACGACGACGAUGGCUUCGAAGCUCGAUCGCGGUUCAAUGUUUUCUAUCCCCAGCCCUACAGUCCGCCGGCUUAUACGGGAGAUCCGGCCGCCGCGUAUUAUGGUCAGUAUCCUCCUGUUACGAUGCAGACUCCGCAGCAAUUUCCCACCAUGGGUCCUACCGCUUCGCCUGCAGCAUACACUGGAGCGUAUCCUACGAUGCAUCAGGAAAGCCAGGCACAGUAUGGGUGGCCCAAUCAAGGUUUCCAAUCUGGGAACGUCCCCGCGAGUUACCCUAACUACACUGGCGCAGCCCCGACUGGAUACGACCUGUCCGCCGAGUUCCAGAGAGGCAUGUCAUUCCAGACGUCACCAAUGCCCUCUCAAGUCACACCCAAGAUGUCGGUUCCAACAAUGGCAUCUUACCAGGAAUCGUACCGGCAACAGACUAUGCCAAUGAACCAACAGUGGCCACAGGCACCCCAACAACACGGAUUCCCGAUGAAUCCGCAAUUUGGCCAGAACAACCUUAACGAUCGUCCGAUGUCGGCCUCCGGGCAGGUGCCCGUUCCAGGGGCAUAUCCAUAUGGUCAAUUUCCCAAUGCUGGGUUUAAUGGCGGGAAGAACAGGAGCCAGCAUCCUCUCCCAGGCAGUUUCAACCGCCAGCAGUUCAAUCCCCAAAGCCAGGCAUUUGUUCCGACUCAUCGUAAUGGCUCGUUUCCGAUGCAGCAGCAGAUCAUGCAGUCUAAUAUGCAGCAGAUGCAGCAUCAGAGCACGAACGGUUAUGGCAGUUACCCGGUCCCUGUGCCGAUGGGAAACCAAAUACAAAUGGCUAACCAGCUACCGAUGAUGAACCAGAUGCAGCGCCCUAGUCCCCCUUCCACUCAGCCAGUAUCUUUCAAUGCUCCCCGCGUCCCGCAAAGCUCUAACUCCACUCCCUCCAAACCCAGUGGACAGGGCAUAUCGCACCCGCUUCCUCAACCCGUUGCUAUGUCGGCGUCGUCUCAAACCACGUCGACGCAGUCGAGCAACUCUUCGGUCCCGCUUCAGAGCAGCAUCGCGAAGUGGGGUGUGCCAUCUCAUCUCCCACCGAAGCCACCUCCACCAGCCCAGCCUCCGAAGUUCGCCUUACCAGGCCACGGCUUUGCUGCUGUCCCUCGACCUGUCAACAACAUGCCGCAGAGCUUCCCGAUGAACGGUAGCGUCUCUGUGCGGGGUGGAAAUGGUAUCGCUCCAAGCGACGGCGUGAACGGCCGCCCAGCCUAGUAGCGCAGAACGACUUUGACGACUCUCCUCGGUUUCUGGAAGCAUGGAUACGGUGCAUUGCGAUGGUGCUGCGAUAAUCGAGCAUGAUUUUGAACGACCUGGAAACUCGCGAGGCCACCCCCAGGCGUUGCCGUCUGCUGAUGGUGAUCCGAGAGAACUGUGGGCAGUUCAACAGAUUGUGGAUCAUGGAGCUGUGUAGGCGCUGGGAUUGUUGGGUCUUUUUUUCUUCCUAUGGUAGGUCUUCUCUUUGCUUUUUUUAUACUAGGUAUGCACCACUGUGGUGAGCUCUCUGGGUGGAUCGAUGGGUGGUCGGCUGGAAGGUUCGAAGGCUAUGAGUGGAUGGCUGGAUGGCUAGACUGCUCGAAGG